AUGGGUGUGCCAAAAUUUUUCCGAUGGCUCUCUGAGCGAUAUCCGCCGAUUUCGCAACUUAUUGCGGAAAAUAGGAUUCCCGAGUUUGACUGCCUCUAUCUCGAUAUGAACGGCAUUAUCCACAAUUGCACGCACAAAGAUGCCGGCGAGGAUACGACCUUUCGUCUAAGCGAGGAGGAAAUGUUCAUACGCAUUUUCAACUACAUUGAGCAUCUUUUCGGCAAGAUUAAGCCCAAGCAGUUAUUCUUCAUGGCCAUUGAUGGUGUUGCGCCUCGCGCCAAAAUGAACCAGCAGCGAGCCCGUCGAUUUCGUACUGCGCUCGAGGUCGAAAAGGCCCGCGAAAAGGCCAUCAAGGAAGGUGUUGAGAUGCCUAAAGAGGAACCAUUCGAUAGCAAUUGCAUCACACCAGGAACCGAAUUCAUGGCGAAACUAUCCCGGCAGCUACAGUAUUUUGUAAACAAAAAGGUCUCGGAAGACACCGAUUGGCAGGGCUGCGAAAUCGUCCUGUCUGGACACGAAGUACCCGGCGAAGGUGAACACAAAAUCAUGGAGUAUAUUCGAAAUGCCAAAUCGCAACCCGGCUAUAAUUCCAACGUACGACACUGCUUGUACGGUCUUGAUGCCGAUUUGAUCAUGCUAGGUCUUCUUAGCCACGACCCUCACUUUUCUUUGCUCCGUGAGGAAGUCACGUUUGGCAGAGCGUCCAAGAAUAAGUCCAAGGAACUUGAGCAUCAGAAUUUCUUCUUGCUACACCUGUGCAUGGUCAGAGAAUACCUGGAGAUGGAAUUUCAGGAACUAAAGCACCAGCAAGACCUUGGAUUCGAGUUUGAUUUAGAACGUGUCAUUGACGAUUUUAUCCUGAUGGCGUUCUUUGUUGGCAACGAUUUCUUGCCAAACCUCCCUGGCUUGCACAUCAAUGAGGGUGCGCUCGCCGACAUGUUUGAAAUCUACAAACGGGUUCUACCUGAGGAAGGAGGUUAUCUACAUGAGAAUGGUGUCCUCAACAUCAAGCGUGCUCUCAGAAUGAUUGCCGAGCUCAGCAAGGUCGAACUUAAGCAGUUCGAGCACGACAUCGCUGAUGAGAAGUGGUUUGCCUCCAAGCAGAUGGAGAAGAAGUUGCAAAACACAACAGCUGCUUCCAAAGCAAAGACGUCCAAAAGUGGACAGCGCAUCAUCACCACAACUCAGCGUGAUCUUUGGAAGCAAAAGAUCCGCCCCUACGUCUCCAAGCGCUCGAACGAUGCAUUGGAUCUUGGCGUAGAAUUGAGUGCGGCCGAUAAGAAGUUCGCACAAGAAAUUGCCGACGCAAUGCAUCUGGACUGGUCCACAAAAGAAGAUGACAAUGGAUUUCGACAUCUCAUUAUCUCAUAUCCCCCCAAGUCGGCGGGUGACCAUCACGACGAUGAAGAAGGCGAGGAAGAGGAAGGUAAUCUUGCAGCUUAUCGCGUCAUCAGAACAUAUGAUAAGGCUGUAGUGGUCAAUGACUCCAGCGAGGCUUCCCAAGAGGAAUAUGAGAAGCUUUAUCAAGAAAAGUAUCAAGCCUGGAAGACCAAAUACUACCUGCAAAAAUUUCCAGAGUGGGAAUCUACGGCCUAUGCAGAGGAGCAAACAAAUCUCUGCGAAAAUUACGUCGAGGGUUUGCAAUGGGUUCUUUUCUACUACUAUCGCGGAAUCGCGUCCUGGCCUUGGUUUUACAAGUACCAUUACGCGCCUCUCAUUUCCGACGUGGUCAAAGGCUCGAAUGCCAAACUGGUCUUUGAAAAGGGGCAGCCGUUCAAACCUUACGAACAACUCAUGGGCGUUUUGCCAGACCGAAGCAAAAAGAUCGUACCUACGGCUUAUCAUGACCUCAUGACAAACUCCAGCUCUCCUAUCAUUGACUUUUACCCGCGAGAUUUCGAAUUGGACAUGAACGGGAAAAAGAUGGAUUGGGAAGCCGUCGUCAAGAUACCCUUUAUCGACGAGAAGCGUUUGUUGGCCGCCAUGGAGACAAAGAACGCGCUUCUUAGCGACGACGAAAAGUCUCGCAAUGGCUUUGGGGUUCCUCUGAAAUUCACGUAUUCUCCAGAAGUGAAUUUCACCUACCCUUCUCCUCUUCCCGGCAUCUUUCCCGACGUGCAAAAUUGUCGAUGUAUCGAGAAUAUCUUUGAUCUGCCGAGCAUGGAGGGACUGGUGUACAAAUCAGCUUUGACAGAGGGCGCAAUGCUAAAGAUGGACGCACUAGCAGGCUUCCCCUCACUUCACACGCUCCCUCAUACAGCACAACUCAUUGAAGGCUACGGCAUCAACGUCUUUCAGGCCGAUAGCCGCAACCCGAGUAUCAUCGUGACGCUGACUGAGACCGAGGCACGCAGCAAGACCGAAACCUGGAAGGCAAGGUUAGGAAAGAAGUGCUUUGUGGGAUUUCCUUUCCUUCAAGAAGCCAAGGUCGUCAAGGUUCAGGAUGAACUUUUUACAUACGAACUCGGCGAAGAUGGUGUGAGCGUCGCCAUGAGGGAUAACACGAACCGCGAAUCCGCGGAAUUUGCCAAGGAGGCAGAGUACCUCGAGAAUUGGUACGCAAAACGGCUCGGUAUCACAAUUGGUCAGGUUGAGUGUCUCACUGGAGUCCACAUGCUGAGGGGCCUUAUCAAGACAGAGGGCGGCGCCAUGAUAAAGGAAUAUGCCGAAAAUCCCAGUAUCCGAAGCAUCUAUGCCUCUCAGACCGUCGUUGACGAGGUCACGAAUGAGGACGAACGAUUCAUUGAAAGGGCUGCUCUGCCAGUUGAAGAGGAAUUCCCUCAAGGAACAAGAGCAUUCUUCCUCGGCGACUAUGCCUACGGACGACCUCUUGAGAUCACCGGCCAUAUCAAUGGCAAAACCGAAAUAGUGGUCUCGGUUCCGAAAACCAAGGAGCCCGAAUUCUCGCGAUCUAUCAUCCAGCAGGCCGAAAGGGGAAACCCGUACACGCCGUCCUUUGCGAUUGCCAAACAGCUCGGAGUCCACCCAUUGGUACUAAGCAAAAUUACGUCCUCUUUCCAGGUGCUGACCUCGGCCGGGUUGAAGCUGAAUCUGGGACUCAAUCUCAAGUUCGAAGGACGCAAGCUCAAGGUGCUCGGAUACUCGCGCAAAUCCAACACUGGCUGGGAGUUUAGCAACUUGGCUAUUCAGCUCAUUGCCAACUACAUGGUUACGUUUCCGGACUUCUUUGCUGCGGUGCAAAAGCACGCUCAGAAGAGCGACAUUUAUGACACUGAUCUGUGGCCCGAUCAAAGUGUUGCAUCUCAAAGACUGAAGGAUCUUUCUGCUUGGCUUAAGAAGCAAGAAACGAGCAAGUUUGAGAAGGUCACUUUGGAUGCCGAGCAGCUCGACUCGGACAUUGUCAUGGCGCUAGCGAAAGCUGGCGAACAAGUCUUCCAGGCUUCCCAGGAUUGCGAGAUUCGCAAACUGCGUGGUGUUCCCCGUACAGCCUUGCUGAAGCCGUCAGAUGCUGAGAUGGUACUUGGAAACCAAACUUUCAAGCUCGGGGAUCGCGUGACGUUUGCUGCUGCGGCUGGCAAAGUGCCUAUCGCCACAAGGGGCACAGUGGUGGGUAUCAGCCGCACCCCAACGGCACUUUUACUCGACAUUGUCUGGGAUACAUCGUUCAUGAGUGGAACCACACUGGGCGAACGCGCUCCCGUGUUUCGCGGACAGACCGUGCCAGCGUCGAGUGUUCUCAACACCACAAACCGUCAGGUAUUGUCCGCUUCAAGCAAAUCGCAGCAGCGACGUGCGGCGGCAGCACCGAGCAUGACAACCGGUGGCUAUGGCUCGGUCGGUGUGACACAGUACAAGGACGCCAAUGCCCCAGCACCUCUUCGUAGUGGCUGGAGUGGCGUUGUCAAUGGAAGACAACCUUCCGGUCGCGGCCGCGGCCGCGGCGGCGCCAACAGCGAGCCGAAACUUCUACACAGCAGCAUGGUGUACCGAAAUGGACCCAACGGCAAUUCGCAGAACAACGGAAACAACGGGCAAGGUAACCGUGGUAAUAGCGGUCCUCGUACUGGCGCAGCUCAAGGAAAGACUGGCGAGCAAAAGUACGGAAAUGUGCCGCCGCCGGCAGACUUGAACGCUCCACGGGGCGGCCGAGGUCGUGGUAGAGGCUAUAGAGGAAGGGGCAACGGGUACCGUGGGCGAGGUGGUGUUGCUGGCACCCAGGAAGCCAAGAAAGCAUAG